CCGUCCCCCGCCCCCGGCCCGGAGGCGCCGCCGCCAUUUUGCCGCUCAGUCGCUGCUGGGUCCGGGCGCGGCGGUAGCGGCGGGAGCAGCGCCUGAAAGGAGGUUUGUUUGACCUCGCUCGGGGCCCUCCGCGCCCCAAGACCGGCCCGUAGUGCGCCAUGUCCGGAGAAGGGAGCGCCGGCGACCAGACUGCUGAAUAUGUCCCAGAAAAAGUGAAGAAAGCUGAAAAGAAACUAGAAGAAAAUCCAUAUGACCUUGACGCUUGGAGCAUUCUCAUUCGAGAGGCACAGAAUCAGCCUAUAGACAAAGCACGGAAGACCUAUGAACGCCUUGUUGCCCAGUUCCCCAGUUCUGGCAGAUUCUGGAAACUGUACAUUGAAGCAGAGAUUAAAGCAAAAAAUUAUGACAAAGUGGAAAAGUUAUUUCAGCGAUGCCUUAUGAAGGUUUUACACAUUGAUUUAUGGAAAUGUUACCUUUCCUAUGUACGAGAAACCAAGGGGAAGCUGCCUAGUUACAAAGAAAAAAUGGCUCAGGCAUAUGAUUUUGCUCUGGAUAAGAUUGGCAUGGAAAUCAUGUCAUACCAGAUCUGGGUGGAUUACAUCAAUUUUUUGAAAGGCGUAGAAGCAGUAGGAUCCUAUGCAGAGAACCAGAGGAUAACAGCUGUCCGUAGGGUUUACCAGCGUGGGUGUGUGAAUCCAAUGAUAAACAUAGAGCAGCUCUGGAGAGAUUAUAACAAAUACGAAGAGGGCAUCAAUAUUCACUUAGCUAAGAAGAUGAUCGAGGACAGGAGUAGAGAUUAUAUGAACGCACGACGCGUUGCAAAGGAAUAUGAGACAGUGAUGAAAGGCCUGGACCGCAACGCUCCCUCUGUGCCCCCUCAAAACACCCCCCAGGAGGCUCAGCAGGUGGACAUGUGGAAGAAGUACAUCCAGUGGGAAAAGAGCAACCCUCUCCGAACAGAAGAUCAAACUCUUAUAACAAAAAGAGUGAUGUUUGCUUACGAGCAAUGUCUUCUGGUGCUGGGACAUCACCCAGACAUCUGGUAUGAGGCAGCACAGUACCUCGAGCAGUCCAGUAAGCUGCUGGCUGAGAAAGGGGACAUGAACAAUGCUAAACUCUUCAGUGAUGAGGCUGCUAAUAUUUAUGAAAGAGCAAUCAGCACUUUAUUAAAGAAGAAUAUGCUUCUUUAUUUUGCAUAUGCAGAUUAUGAAGAGAGUCGAAUGAAGUAUGAGAAGGUGCACAGCAUAUAUAACCGGCUCCUGGCCAUCGAAGACAUCGACCCCACCCUGGUUUAUAUCCAAUAUAUGAAAUUCGCAAGGAGAGCAGAGGGCAUCAAAUCUGGAAGGACGAUAUUUAAGAAGGCGCGAGAGGACGCCCGGACCCGGCACCACGUCUAUGUUACAGCAGCUCUGAUGGAGUAUUACUGUAGCAAGGAUAAGUCUGUGGCCUUUAAGAUUUUUGAGCUAGGGCUGAAAAAAUAUGGGGACAUUCCAGAAUAUGUGCUGGCAUAUAUUGACUACCUUUCUCACCUUAAUGAGGACAACAAUACAAGAGUUUUGUUUGAACGUGUUUUAACUUCGGGGAGCCUUCCACCUGAGAAAUCUGGUGAAAUCUGGGCUCGGUUUUUAGCCUUUGAAAGUAACAUUGGGGAUUUAGCCAGCAUACUGAAAGUUGAGAAGAGGAGGUUCACAGCAUUCAAGGAGGAAUAUGAGGGCAAAGAAACAGCUCUGCUGGUGGACAGGUACAAGUUCAUGGACUUGUACCCCUGCUCUGCUAGUGAACUCAAGGCCCUUGGUUAUAAGGAUGUCUCCCGUGCCAAGCUAGCAGCAAUAAUUCCAGACCCUGUGGUUGCACCUUCCAUCGUGCCUGUUCUCAAGGAUGAAGUAGACAGAAAACCCGAAUAUCCCAAACCGGACACUCAGCAAAUGAUUCCAUUUCAGCCAAGACACUUAGCACCUCCAGGUUUACAUCCCGUCCCAGGUGGUGUAUUUCCUGUUCCACCAGCAGCUGUAGUUCUCAUGAAGCUCCUGCCACCUCCUAUUUGUUUUCAGGGUCCCUUUGUUCAAGUAGAUGAGCUCAUGGAGAUAUUUAGAAGAUGCAAACUGCCAGACACUGUCGAUGAAGCUGUGCGGAUCAUUACCGGCGGCCUGCCAGAAAUAGCUGUGGAGGGCAAUGGACCUGUGGAAAACAGCACCAUCCUCAACAAGGCUGUGAAGAGAUCACAUGAGGAUUCUGAUGACGACGAGGAGAAAGGAUCUGUAGUUCCCCCUGUACAUGACAUUUACAGAGCACGACAGCAAAAGAGAAUCCGGUGAAACGAGUCUGGGGUUCGACUGUGACAGACAAAGACUUGCAUUGAAUCAGUCUCUGAAAAGUCAAGCAUUUAAAAGGGACAGCUGCAAACGAAAAAAAAAUCCUUGAAAAUGGUUUUGUUACUGUGGUGCCUCUUCUUCCAUAUGGUUCUUGAUCUGAAAACAGCCCGAACAACCUUAGAAUGUGCUCUGAACAAAACUAGGUUUUCAGAACCUAAAGUGAAAAAUGUCAAAACUGUAUUUUGUUCUUCGAGGGUGUUCACAUCUACCACUUGAAAUCUCGUGGUUUUUUAACAGUUUUAUUUUAAAAACUGGAUGGCUUAUACUUGUGAAGCAUUUUUAAUUCACAUUUUCUGGAAAACAGUUGUUCUCAGUUUGUUCAUGUAGUGUACUGCCUUAUUGUCCGUUUUUAUUUAUGGCAGAAUGUAAGAAAUCUGUUUUGUAGUUGAAAAUCGCAUAAAAACCAAAAAACAUUCCUUUAAAAUAAAAGGAUGUCCAUAAC